UUUGAGCAUGCUUUGAAUAGAUUUUUUUUAUUGUUAUAGAGUUUUUUAUAAGAAUAUUUAAAGGCUCUUUUAUUUCAUCUAAAUAUGUUAUUUUUUUCUGAAGAAAAAUCUAAUUCUAUGAUUGAAACACAAUUCAAUCCAUAUCAAGAUAAUGGCGGUCUUUGUGUUGCUAUAUCGGGUGAAGAUUAUGUUAUUCUUGCAGGAGAUACUCGCCAAGUAAGAGGAUAUAGCAUUCAUUCAAGAUAUCAGCCUAGAGUCUUUAAUAUUGGUGAUAAUUUAGUAGUCAGUGCUUGCGGAUUUUCGGGUGAUUGUGAUGAGGUAGUACGGCUUUUGAGGAGACAACUUAUCGACUAUCAUUUUAAACAUAAUAAGAAGCUUUCUGUUAAAUCUGCUGCUCGACUUAUACAGACGAUUUUAUAUAGUAGACGUUUUUUUCCUUAUUAUAUUUAUGUAUUAAUUGUUGGGAUUGAUGAGAAUGGUAAAGGUGCUAUUUUUACAUUUGAUCCAGUAGGAUCUUAUGAAAGGGUUCCUUAUCAAGCAGUUGGCGAUUCUGCUUCUCUAGCAUUACCAAUGAUGGAUAAUCAGGUGGGUUUCAAGAAUCAAUAUGAAAUAGUCGAUGGAGAAUUUCAUUUGCGAACUCCUGUUUCUUUGUCUUGUGAGGAUGCAAUGAAAAUGAUCAAAGACACGUAUAACAGUGUUGCAGAACGCCACAUUCAAGUUGGUGAUGCAUUUCAAGCAUUUAUUGUGACAUCUUGUGGUAUACGUAUUGAAGAAUAUCAAUUAAAACGUGAUUAA